AUGAGAGUGUUCAGGAUCCUCUUUGGAAAUUCCAUUUUGUUACAGGUGGUGAUAUCGAUUGUGGUGUCCAUUGAAGUCAAGGAGGCUCACUUCAUAGCUGACUGGAGCAGAGAGAAUCUGGCAAACUGCUUUACGAAGCUUUCAAAGGCUCCUACCAUAUACAAAGUAAUAGGAAGAGUAGUACUAGAUGGUAUGGGUCAUCAAACUCUCAGAGUUGAAAUAUUCUGCACGAUUCAAAACCAGGUUAAGAGUAUUACUUCUGCUGUCAUCUCCUCUCACUUUGAAGUGCUGGAAACUGCAAUGCCUGACACAGUGGAUGCAGUAGAAUUAGAACGGAAUGAAGCCAUCAGUGUGGCUGUGCAGUGGGUAAAUGAGUCAAUGACAGAACUUCUGGAAGGAUUGGAACCUACCCAACAGGAAGUGGCGGAUCAGUUACUUACGAAUUUUUUUGCAAAUAAACUACAAGAAGAUAAAGAGAGUAAAGAAUUAGAACUUAGCCUGCAGCAGCCAUUAUCCCUAAUGUCUCUCCAACCCCCAUCACCACCUCCGCCACCACCACCGUCUUCAAAGAAGAAAGGACAAAAAGGUAAGAAGGAAAUUAUUCCAGAGAAACCAAUCCCACCAGCAGAACCUCCUGAGCCCAUUCUCCACGGUAGUAUGGCCGUAGGGGCUGUAUCAUUAGCUGUGGCGAAAACAUGUGCUACACUGAGCAAUACUCCAUUGUAUUUAAAUAUUGCAUCACUGAAAUACAAACGGGAAUCACCAAGGACAUUGUCUCUUCCUUUGCUGAUGAUCACCAUGCUCAGCUGUGGGAAGUCAUCGCCUGGAAAACUGAAUCUGAUGAAAGAAGUGAUCUGUAUCCCACACCCUGGAUUAACCGUUCAACAAGGUAUCACAAUGCUUCUAGAAAUCCAGAAACAAAUUAUAAAGAUUAUUGACAAACCCCAUACUCCAAAGCCAGAGACCAAAAAAGGUCAUAAUGGGAAAAAAGGUGGUGCAACUCAGAUAUUUGGCAAACUGUCCUACAUAGGCUGUUUAUCAAUUAACUAUGAUACUAUUGAACAGCCAUUGCUUUUACUACAAGGAAUCUGUGGCAACUUGGGACUGGAGUUAGGAAUCAACUUAUAUUUAGCCAUAAACUGUGCUGCACAUGAAUUUAUCGAUUAUACUAGAGGAAAAUAUGAAGUAAUGACAGGAGUAUUCAAAAAUCCAGCUGAGAUGGUUGAUAUAUAUGUGGAACUGAUCAAUAAAUUCCCUUCAAUUACUGCAUUAAUUGAUCCUGUGAGGAAAGAGGACAUCGAACAGUGGGACAGCAUCUGUAAUGCUCUUGGUUCCAGAUGUAACAUCAUUGCAGGGACUGCAGCCAAAAGCAUCCCCAAGCUCCUAGAAGAAAAAAAUCUCAGCACCCCUAAAUGCAGCGGGUUAAUCAUAAAACAUACAAACCAAACUACCAUGUCUGACUUGGCAGAAGUCACCAAGCUUAUUGAGAGUCAAAAACGCAUUGCCAUCUUGGGAAGUACGGAGGGAGAGUCUUCUGAUGAUAGCCUUGCGGAUUUGGCUGUUGGACUGGGUGUUCGUUUUCUCAAGUUGGGAGGUCUUUCUCGCGGUGAGCGGAUGACUAAAUACAACCGCCUUUUUGCUAUAGAGGAAGAACUCGUCCAGGGUGGAACACUGGUCCCAAGUGCAGGGCAAACAUUUAUUGACUUCGAAGAAGAAGACCUAAAAGCAGCAGAAGCACCUGGGGCUACUUUGUCUUCUACGGAUGCUGAGAUCCCACAUGAUGUGCCUCCUUUCUCCAUGACAUCUGAAGCAGUGAAAUAAUGUGGACCUUCUAUGAUUAAUGGCAUAGUGCUCCAGUACAAAUCCGGAUUACUCAUGUUAGGAUUGACAAAACCUUG